AUGAAAAAAUAGGUGGAAUGGUAAUAAGAAUUGGAUAGGAUAUAUUUAAAAAAAGUCAUUAAUAAUAUUAUGAGAAUGUCAAUAAUUAUAAAGAAAUCAAAAUGUACAUUUUAAAAACCAUUUUCAAAGUAUUAACCCACUGAAUAAGAAUAAAACUAUGAAACUGGUUUCAUAUUUAUAAGUCAAUUCAAUAGAUUUAUUAAAAGAUGCUUCUCUGUAUUUAAUGAUAAAAGAUAUUAGAGAUUAAUAUUUGACUAGAUUUUCAAAUAAAAAAAGUAAAAUAAAGUAAGUAAACGAAAAAGGCACUAAUAUAUUCAAACCUUUAGCAAAUGUGGAUUAGUCUUCUUCAUCACCUAAGAUAUAAUAAGUCAUUUCAUAAUUAUCUCCUUUAAGAGUUAAAUAUUGCUCAAAACAAUUUCGUGGAAAAUGAUUCUCUUUCUAAAAAAUCAAUUUUUUGAAUUGGUCACUGUUAAUACUAGUUAGCGGCUAACCACAUUUUAAUUUUUAGGUGAUACCGUAGAAACUUGGAAAGAGAUAGAUAUUACCAUCAGAAAGAAUGUAAGAUUGAUUCGAUGGUUGAAGGGUUAGAAUUAAGGAUCAUCAAAUUUAUAUAUUUAGGAAUUAAGAUAAUUGUAUAUUAUGAUCUUGAAUGA